UUUAAUUGCUUAACUGAUCGAUUGGAAUGUUAUUCUGAUUUGGGCUUUAAUUUUUCUAUUACCAUUCCUUGGGUGGGAAUUUUCUAAUCCUCUUGACAUUGCUGACUAAUUAUCGCAAUUUUUAUCUAUUAUUGUUGUACAAGCUUUCUAGACUCACCCUGAGUGUUACUUUAAGAUUGCACACCUCGAAAAUUCUCUAUAAUUAGCACGAUAAUUUACUUUUAGCUUCAUUUAAUUCUCAUUCUACUUUUAAGUAACUCAGCAGAUUCAACAAAUCAAAUCAAUAUGGCAACCAAAUGGGGAAUCCUCAGUGCUGGUAAAAUCUCUCAUGAUUUCACUGUUUGUCUUCGAAGUUUAGAUCCUGCUGAACAUCAGGCUGUCGCUGUAGCUGCCCGGAAUAUCGGUGAUGCCUUGAAAUUUGCUGCCAAUCAUAAAAUUCCUCGAGCUUAUGGUUCUUAUCAAGAGCUUGCAAAUGAUCCAAAUGUUGAAGUUGUGUACAUUGGGACUCUUGUGAGUUUUCAUUAUAGCACUACUAAAAUGAUGUUGGAAGCUGGUAAACAUGUUUUAGUGGAAAAAUCGUUUACUGCGACCAGCAAAGAAGCACGAGAGUUAAUCAAUCUGGCUCGAUCGAAAAAAUUGUUCUUAAUGGAGGCAAUUUGGUCACGUUUCAAUCCAGUUUUUACUCUCCUAAUGGAUAAAAUCAAAACUAAAGCUCUCGGUGAUGUUGUUUCUGUCAAUGCAACUUUCGGUUUAGAUUUGACCAAAGUCGAGCGAUUGAUUAAGAAAGCUGCUGGAGGUGGAACUCUUCUUGAUUUAGGAGUUUAUACAAUAAACGUAAUCCAAGUAGCAGUUGGUAAUAAAAAACCGGAGCAAAUUUUGGCAACUGGACAUCUUAAUGAAGAUGGUGUUGAUGAAUCAGUCGCUGUCGCUUUUAAAUAUUCUGAUGGUCAAGUUGCAAUGAUGUCGAAUACCCUACGAGGACAAAUGCCUAACGAAGA